UGCCUUCUUCGCAGAGCCGACCCCAUUCCGUUCCAUGAUCCAUCUGCGCAGAUCCAAUUCAGGAUUUUUCUCAAAUUUACUCGCGCAGGGACAUAAUCAUUGAAAUUUCCACUAAAUAUGUCGAGCGAUGGCGACGAUCUGGACGAGGAUGAGUUGUUGCAGAUGGCUCUGAAGGAGCAGUCCCAGCGGGAUGUUAAUUACCAGAAACCAUCUCAUGGUUCGGCGAAACCUGUGCGCAAUUACGUCCAGCCGCCGGCGAACCGCGGGCCGGCCGCCGCUAAGAGCUCUAACGUGAUGCCCCAGCAGCAGAAGGGUGUCAGUAAGCAUAGGAAGCCGUCAAUGGACGAGGACGAUGAUUCGGACGUAGAGAUGCUGAGCAUCUCCUCGGGAGACGAGGAUGAUCGAGGCGGGGUAGCUCCGAGACCUCGGGCUGGAGGUGGGAGAGACGAUGAUAAAGCGUGGGAUGGAGAAGAGCCGAAUUGUUGGAAACGCGUUGAUGAAGCUGAGUUGGCACGGAGGGUUCGUGAAAUGAGGGAGUCAAAAGCAGUUCCUGUGGUUCAAAAGAUAGAUCGGAUUAAACCAAAAGGACUAAACAGUAUACAGUCACUUCCCCGAGGCAUGGAAUUUGUGGAUCCUCUUGGAUUAGGGUUAAUUAAUCACAAAACAUUUAGGCUGAUCAGCGAUAAUAAUCUUGCUUUUGCUCCUUCUCCUGCCCGUGAUGUGGAACCUCUUGAUCCAAAGGAUCGAGAAAAAUUAAACUAUUAUUCAGAGAAGUUUGAUGCAAAGCUUUUUGUAUCACGGGUGCACAUGGAUACUAGUGCUGCAGAUUUGGAAUCUGGUGCUUUUUCAUUAAAGAACGAUCUUAGAGGACGUACACAACAGAAAAAGCAGUUGGUCAAAGAGAACUUUGAUUGCUUUGUCUCUUGCAAGACCACUAUAGAUGAUAUUGAGUCAAAGAUGAAACGUAUUGAGGAAGACCCUGAUGGAGCUGGAACCACUCAAUUACAUAACUGUAUCCAAAAGGUUUAUGGACUUUCUAAUCGGGCUUUUGGGCCUCUGUUUGAGAGACAGGCACAAGCAGAGAAAAUUAGGUCUGUCCAGGGCAUGCUUCAGAGGUUCCGAACACUUUUCAACCUUCCUAGUGCAAUUCGUGAGAGCAUCAGUAAGGGUGAAUAUGAUUUGGCUGUAAGAGAGUACCGCAAAGCAAAAUCCAUUGUUCUGCCGUCUCAUGUUGGAAUCCUUAAACGAGUUCUUGAGGAAGUUGAAAAAGUAAUACAAGAGUUCAAAGGCACGCUUUACAAGGCCAUGGAAGAUCCAAAUAUUGAUAUAGCAAAUCUUGAAAAUAAUGUGCGGCUAUUGUUGGAGCUUGAACCUGAGUCAGAUCCCAUAAAACAUUACUUGAGCAUACAGAACCGCAAGAUAAGAGGGUUGCUUGAAAGAUGCACUCUAGAUUAUGAAGCUCAAAUGGACAAUUUGCAAAACGAGCUACGCGAGAAGGCAUUGGCUGAUGCUAAUUGGAUGCAAAUUCAACAAGACAUAAAUCAACCUUCAACUGGGGAUUACACUAUUACCGCUGCAAACUCCUAUCCAAGUGAAGAUUUGUUCCCUGUUGAAAUUACUAGUGAAGAACUUGAUGUCCUUCGCCAUAGAUACAUUCGCAAGUUGACUGCAGUACUCAUCUAUCAUGUACCAGUCUUCUGGAAAGUCGCACUUUCAGUUUCCGGUGGAAAGUUUGCAAAGUCUUCUCAAGUUUCUACUGAUCCAAGUACAAAUAGUAAUUUGCAUAAAGCUGAGGAUAAAGUAGGAGAUUCUCUUGAUGAGGUUUCUGAGAUGAUUCGCGAUACCCUGUCGGCCUAUGAGUCUAAGGUCCUUAGUGCAUUUAAUGAUUUUGAGGAGUACAACAUCCUCUGUCAGUACAUGAACGAUUCUAUAAAGGAAGUUUCUCAAGCAAUUCGGGCAUUUGAAGCAAAAGAUUCAGCACCUACAGUUGCUGUGACUGUAUUGAAAACCCUCCAAUUUGAGAUCUCAAAAAUCUACAUAGCAAGGCUUUGCUCAUGGAUGCGAGUCACCAUUGAAGAGAUAUCAAAAGAUGAAUCUUGGGUGCCAGUGUCAAUUUUGGAAAGACACAAGUCACCGUAUACUAUCACAUCAUUGCCUUUGGCUUUCCGGGAAGUUAUCACCUCAGCAAUGGAUCAAAUCAAUGCGGUGCUGCUGUCAUUGCACACUGAAUCAGAAAAAUCAGAGGAUGUUCUUGCACAGCUUCAAGAUAUUCAAGAAUCAGUUAGACUUGCCUUUUUCAACUGCUUUCUGGAAUUUUCAAGUCAUUUGGAGCAACUUGGCUCUGAGCUUAUACUGAAUAGAGCAAACAUUGAAAGUUCACAUUUCCAAAAUGGAUUUUCUCAUGAGCCAGUGGAAAAAUUAGUUGAUCCUCCUCCUGGAAGUAUUGUUGAUCCAUAUAAACGGCUGCUAAUGGUCCUAAGUAAUAUUGGAUAUUCCAGAGAUGAGCUUGCUGGUGAAUUAUAUGGAAGAUACAAAUAUAUUUGGGUGCAAUCUAGGGGUAAAGGUGACGAGGACAGUGACAUGCAGGAUUUGGUUAUUUCUAAAUCUAACCUUGAAGAGAAGGUUCUUGAACAAUACACUGUUGCAAAGACAAAUGUGAUCAGAUCAGCUGCAGAAAAUUACCUGUCGGACGCUGGAAUUCAAUGGGGAGCUACACCUGCUGUCAAGGGAGUUCGGGAUGUGGCGGUUGACUUACUUCAUACCUUGGUAGCUGUGCAUGCAGAGGUUUUUGCUUACUGUAAACCUUUGCUAGACAAGACUCUCGGCAUUCUUGUUGAGGGCUUAAUUGAUAUAUUCCUUGACCUCUUUAAUGAAAACAAAGACAGAGAUAUCAGGGCAUUAGAUGCGAACGGAUUUUCUCAGCUAAUGCUUGAGCUUGAAUAUUUUGAGACCAUAUUGAAUCCUUACUUCACUCAUGAUGCAAGGGAAUCUCUUAAAUCAUUACAAGGACUUCUAUUGGAGAAGGCCAUAGAAACUGUGAAUGAGACUGUUGAGACACCAAGCCAUCAACGAAGGGCUACACGUGGAAGUGAUGAUGUGCUUGCCGAUGACAGACAAUCAGGAUCGAGUGUUUCACCGGAUGACCUGAUUGCUCUUGCUCAGCAGUACAGUUCGGAACUACUUCAAAGUGAGCUGGAACGUACAAGACUUAACACGGCAUGCUUUGUGGAGAAACUGCCGUUGGAUUCUGCUCCGGAAUCAGCAAAAGCAGCAUAUGCUUCUUUUAGGGGGUCUGUAGAUUCUCCUAGCAGAAGCUCUAGAGGUUCAAGUACACAAUCCUUUAGCUCUCCCAGGAAUAGGCGCAGAUGAGCCGGUAAUAGUUGUUCCAUUUUCCUUUUUUUUGUUUUAAUCCCGGGAUGGCCAUGUAUUUAUUCUUCCCCUCUAUGUUGUGGAAUUUGUUGUAUUCUAGCCAUUUGUUUUGAAAAGAGGAAAUUUAUGCUAUCUUCAGUUGAUUUGUUACUUA